AUGUCACAGGAGCACCACCAAAAGAGCACCACCACCACCACCACCUCCUCCUCCUCCUCCUCCUCCUCCUCCUCCACCCAAGCCACGCCGGACUGGUCGGCAAACCAAUACCUCAAAUUCGGCAGCGAGCGAACCCGCGCCGUGCACGACCUCGUCGCCAACAUCCCCCUGCAGGACCCCAAGCACAUCAUCGACUUAGGCUGCGGGCCAGGCAACUCGACAGCCGUGCUUGCCUCGCGCUGGCCGGACGCCCAGGUUUCAGGCGUGGACUCGUCGCCCGACAUGCUCGCCAAGGCACGCGCGAACCUCCCCGGCGUGACCUUUACGCAGGCCGACCUGCACACGUACGAGCCUCCCACCACCACCACCACCAGCAGCAGCAGCAGCAUAGGCCCCGGCACCGCGGACCUUCUCUUCAGCAAUGCCGUGUUUCACUGGCUGCGGCGGGAGCAGCGGAUCCCGACGGUGCAGCGGCUGCUGAGCGGCCAGUGCGCAGGCGGGGUAUUGGCCCUCCAGGUGCCCGACAACUACGAGGAGCCCUCGCACAAGGCGAUGCGGGAGACGGCGCUGCUCGAGGGCCCGUGGACCGAGUAUUUCCAGGAAGCGCCGGCCGAGCAGCGCCCGGACCUGGACCCCAUCGAGACGCCUGCCGAGUGGUACGACGCGCUGCAGCCCCUGUGCGCGCGCGUGGACGUGUGGCAUGUGCUCUACCAGCACGUCAUGGAGUCGCCGGCCGCCAUUGUCGAGUGGGUCAAGGGCACGGGGCUGAUGCCGUUCCUGAACCUCCUGCCGACGCAGGAGAUCAAGGACGCCUACUUGAAGGCGUAUGAGCAGAGGCUGGGCGAGAUGUACCCGCGGCUGAUCGAUGGGAAGGUGAUGCUGAGAUAUCCCAGGCUGUUUGUGGUCGCGACGAGGAAGUGAUUUCUUGAGGAUCCAGUUGGACGUGAAUAUGAAAUUCAAUUUGUGAAUAGC